AUGGCUUCUACCUUCGAUCCUCUUCUCAAUCCCUCCAACGAUUCCUCCACCGUCAUCAACUCGCCGCCUCCUUCCAAUCUCACACAAGACGAUCUCAAAAGAAUCGCCGCCUAUAAAGCCGUAGAAUUCGUCGAAUCCGGUAUGGUAAUCGGUCUCGGAACCGGCUCCACCGCUAAACACGCCGUGGAUCGUAUCAGCGAGCUUCUCCGAGAAGGAAAACUCCGAGAUAUAAUCGGAAUCCCAACUUCAACCACGACGCACGAACAAGCGGUUUCUCUGGGUAUACCAUUAUCCGACCUAGAUUCACACCCAAUCGUAGAUCUAUCAAUCGACGGAGCCGACGAAGUCGAUCCAUCUCUCAAUCUGGUUAAAGGAAGAGGCGGAUCGUUGUUGAGAGAGAAGAUGAUAGAAGGAGCAUCUAAGAAAUUCGUUGUGAUAGUCGACGAAUCGAAGCUAGUGAAGUAUAUCGGAGGAAGCAGACUCGCCGUACCGGUGGAAGUAGUGCCGUUUUGCUGCGAUUUCACGAGAGGGAAACUUGAAGAGCUUUUCAGAGAAGCGGGAUGUACGGCGAAGCUUAGGAUGAAGAGCGGCGGAGAGACGGCGGCUGUGACGGAUAAUGGGAAUUAUGUGGUGGAUCUGUACUUGGAGAGAGAUAUGGGAGAUUUAGAGGCGGCGAGUGAGGCGAUAUUGAGGUUGCCUGGAGUAGUGGAGCAUGGGAUGUUUCUGGGGAUAGCGACGACCUUGAUCGUCGCCGGAAAAUCCGGUGUAACCGUCAGGGAUAGGUUUGGUUAA